CUCUAUCCUGUUUGCAACCUCCUAUUUAUUCCGGCUCCAUUGUAUCGCCAUGUCUGAGUUUCCUUCUCUCCAGCCUGCCUUCACAGUCCAGGUCAUGAUUGACGCUGGGUUUGCUGUUGGCAGUGCCUCUCGUUCCAACAGCCUGCAGGUCGUGCCGAUGACUGGUGGCACUGUCAAGAGUGAUCCCGGUUACUCCCUUGCCCUCGAUGCCGAGUUCGUCGGUACCGGCAACGACUACAUCCAUGCGGACCCGGACAACAAGCACUUGCGCUUGAAUGCGCACGGAGUCAUCAAGACCAAGGAUGAGGCUUUACUCUACAUGAACUACACCGGCGUCGUCACGAUGGGGCCCGCGGAACAGGCUGUUUUCUCCGGCAAAGCAGAGGACGGCGCGACGCCGUUUGGAAACUCCUUUACUCACUUUACGUUUGAGACCGGUGAUGAGCGCUACAAGGAGUUCGAGAACCGAGUAUUCGUCGGCCAGGGCCGAUUCCGAGUCGAGAAAGGCAAGCCCAUUGUUGUCGAAUACAAGGUCAGCCAGGUUGUCAAGGGUUAGAGCCCUUUGGUCAAAAAUUAUAUAUAUCCGAUUAUACCUAGCUCGAACGUCGAGACCUUGGGCAAGA